AUGUUAAAACCAAUUGCAAUAUUAAUAUUAAUUUCAAUAUUAAACCUAACGCAAGCCUUGCCAACAACUAAAAAUGCCGACCUAGGAAAUCGUUCUCAAAAACUCCGCAAUUAUAUGAAUGCAAGUGCAGAUCCUUGUGAGAAUUUCUAUCAAUUUGCCUGUGGCAAUUGGAAAUAUCUUCACCCGGCUAGUGAGGAUGAACCGCAAAGAGAUGCCUUUACAGAGGGUGUUAAAUUUUUCUAUGGAAAAUUGGACAAAUUGUUGUCCUCGAAGGAAGAGGGCGCGGGUGCCGAACACUUACCAACAACAGCCAAUGAAAUAAAAUUGAAAAAUUUCUACAAUUCUUGUCUAAAUCAGAAAAAUCGAAAUCAAAGUGAAUAUGUGCACCAGCUAAGGGAAAUUGCCCAGGAAUUUGGUGGAAUGCCUUUACUUGAGGAGGAGGAGAAUAACCCUUGGCAGGAGAAUGAAUUUGAUUGGCAAACAACCAUUGCCAGAAUAUCGAAGAAAUAUGGAUUUGUCAUUAUUGUGGGUUAUGGGAUCAUACCCAACCACCAUAAUGCCUCGGAAAAUAUGAUAUAUUUGAAAAUUCAUGAGUUUGAAAUUCAAAAUGGUUAUCUUCAACACCGCGAUUCUUAUCGUGCAACCAUUGUAAAAAACCUGAAAAACUUUUUCAAUGUGAAUCAAACCAAGGCGGAGGAGUUUGCCCAAGAAUAUGUGAACUUCGAACAGAAAUUAUGGCAAGCCAAGGAGCAGGAUUCCAAAAUGGGAAGUGAUUCCAUUUCCAUUGCUGAGUUGCAGGAGAAAUUUGCACCCGAUUUUGACAUCUAUCAGCUAAUGAAUAUUUCAUAUGGCUCCAUACCUCCUAAUCUGCAAAUCGAUAUAACCCACUAUGUGUCAGAGCUAAUCGAUAUCAUGAAGACGACACCAAAACGAAUUGUGGCCAAUUAUAUUUUUUAUAAUCUAUUAAUGCCGUUCAAAUUUAAAACUUCCAUCAGUCAGAGGGAUUUGGAGCGCCGGUGUAUCACGCAAGUUGAACUGUAUCUACCCAAGCUUGUGAGUCAAUUCUAUUAUCGCCAUUAUAAUUUGCAGAAUUAUGAAGUGGCCAUAUUCGAAUUUUGGAAUCGCGUAAAGGCCGCCAUACGAAAGGCUUUGAAUUCAAAUAAAAUGUCCUGGUUUGAUGCAGAGUCGCAAAAAUUUGCAUUGCGAAAAUUAGAUACCUUAACAAUGGUGAUGCCCAACUAUCAGGAGUACAACAAUUGCAGUGGAGAAUAUGAGAAUGUGGAAAUUUCACCCGAUGAUUUUGUGGAAAAUCUAAAAACCCUGAUUUCCCUGGAAGCCAUUAAAAAGCAAAAAUCUCUGUACGAAAAACCGAACUAUAUUGAAAUGGGUCUGGACAUGUUCUCACCCACCUAUGUGGCCAAAUCGAAUACGGUCAUAAUUCCGGUAUCCGUUUUACAAAAUCCAUUCUUUUGGGCCGAUGAAAAUCCGAACAAUUUAAAUUAUGCCCAUCUCGGAUUUCUCCUAUGUCAUGAACUAAUGCAUGCCUUUACGGCUGUCGGACGUUAUUUCGAUCAUACGGGCAAGCUGACAGGUGAAUGGGAAAAUGAAGAGGAAUUAGAAAAGCGCCAGGAUUGUCUAUACGAUCAAUAUCACAAUUAUUCAUUUGCUGGUCACAAUUUGCCUCAGGAUUCAAUGCAAAGUGAAAAUUCGGCUGACAAUGCGGGAGUUUUAAUUGCCUAUGAAAUCUAUAAUGAAUGGUAUACCAACUCAUCACAAUCCAAAGCGGAAUUGCAAGGAGAAGUAUUCGCGGAUUUAAAUUAUGAUGCCAAACAGUUGUUUUUUAUUCAUUACUCUCAAAUGUGGUGUUCGGAUAUAUUUGAAGUUAACACAUCGGUGGUAGCUGCCAGUGAUGAGCAUUCACCCGAUGAAUUUCGUGCCUUUGUACCCCUAACGAAUUUGGAACAAUUUGCUCAAGCAUUUCAGUGUGCCAAGGGGACACCAAUGAAUCCCGUAGAUAAAUGUGAACAAUUGUUGUUAUUAUGA